GUAACAUAUAAUUAUUGAAGUGAAUCAAACAUCAAAAUGGCAUCCAAAGCUUUCUUCGCAAUCUUGGCUCAAGCCGUGCUGAUCCAGGCAGCGUUUGCCCAAUGGGUAGGCAACUCCGUGGUAGACAACAACGUCGUGGUCAACAAUGGAGCUGGUGGACUGGGCGGUGGUGCUCUUGGUGUGACUGGUUCGAACAAUGGUUUGGGACUGGGCUUAGCUGGCAAUGGACUGGGCUUGGCCAAUGGUUUGGCUGGAGUUGGAGUAGUCGGCGCUGGAUUAGGUGCUAACUUGGGAGGAUUGGCAUUGAACAACGAACUUGGUUUGGGUCUUGGCAACGUGGUGGUGGGAGGACCAGGAUUUGUCGACCUUGCCGCUCUGUCUGCCGGAGGAGUUUUGCCGAUCACCAGUGUGGGUCCUGUCGUCCCAGCAGGUCUUAACGUGUUGUCAGACAACGCGAUCGAAGGUGUUGUUCUAGUCAAUGGUCAGCUACCUUUCUUGAGCGCUGCAGCCUUCGAAGGGGCCCUGGCUACAGCUGGUUCCGGAGCCUCUUCUUGCGGCUGUGGUAACGGCGACAUUGGCGUCGUCAGCCAGACUGGAUCUUCUCUGCUGCCAGCUGCUGCCGGUCUUAGCCUUGGUGGCCUAGGUGGUUUCAGUAGAUUAGCCAACCAAGGUCUGCUCCUUUAAAUUCUCAUAGUCAAUAUUAUUGUUACAAAUAAUAGUUACUAAUAAAAUGUUGGUUGUUUAAUAUAA